GUGUUCACAUUUAUGAAAGUAUGUGGAUGUUAUCGUUUUAAGAUUAAGAUGGUGUCCGAAGGGUCUCAUAGACGCUACUUCGACCUUUUGAAAAAAUCCACUCCAGAUGGAAAGUUAUCACUGUUCUUAGAUCGCAGAACGUUCAUAGAUCAUUUCAGCCACGUCGAUCCUGUAGAUGGAGUUCUAUUAAUAUCACAAGAUAUAAAGAAUACCGAAUAUGUUUUUUUAAUCUUUACAUGUUCAUAUCGUUUUGGUCGUGAUGAUUUAGAUGUAUUAGGAUUAACAUUUCAAAAAGAAUUAUUAAUUUAUACAAAAUGUUUAUGGCCAAAUCAUUCAUUAAUUAUUGAUAAACAAUUACCUAUUUAUAAUAAUAUAAAAAAUCAAACUAAAAAAACAUGGAAAAAUAAAUUUAAAAGAAAAAUAAAAAAGAAAAUUGAAUCAAUUGAAGAUAUUUCAUCGAUUGUAUUAAGUGAUGAUUCCUAUGGAAUAUUUAGUCAAACUUUAACAAUCAAUGAUUUAUCACCAUUUCAAUUAAAAUUAAUUAAUAAAUGUAAUCAACAUACUAUACCAUUUCGUAUAUUUUUACCUCCAUCCAUAUCUCCUUCAUCAGUUGCUAUUCAAACAGCCCAAGGAAGCAAUAAUAAACCUUAUGGUAUUAAUUAUGAACUGACCGCAUUUAUCGGUAAACGAAUUGAUGACAAUCAACCAGCAAGUUCAACAGUAACAAUUGUUUUAAGAAAAUUGACUGCUGGACCAAAAAUAACACAUCGUCCUUUAGAACCUAUUAUUGAAUCGAUUAAAAAAUCUAUUAAUUUACCAUGUCACAAUGGUGAAUUAUUUAUUCAAGCGUCUAUUGAAAAACCGUUGUAUUAUCAUGAUGAAUCUGUAUGUGUAUCAAUAGUAUUGGAUAAUUUAUGUCAAUUACCUGUUAGGAAGUUACAAGUAGCAAUUGUACAAGUUGCUGAAAUUUAUGUCUUGACCAAAGGAACGUAUCGAUCGACAAUAGAUAAGCAUUUCUGCAAAGUUAAUCUACCUCAAGCUGGAGAACAACAAUGGAAAUAUACAACACUGUUAAAUACUAAUUUAACAGAUAAUCUAUUAAAACGUGGUGUUGCAUUAGAUGGUUAUAUAAGACAAGAGAAAAAUUGGUUAGCUUCAUCAACAGUAUUGAAUUUAUCUGAAAAUUUUAAAGAAUGUUUAGAAAUGAUGCAAAAUAUUAAUAAAAAUGUAAAUAACUCUACAGAUCUGGUAAUAAAAGCUAAUAAGGAACUACAUGGAAUUGUAAUUUCUUAUUGUGUUCGUGUUAGAUGCUGGAUUGGAAUCAGCCGAUGUUCGUUGUACAUUCCAUUCUUAUUGAUGCAACCGGAGAAAGAGUCUGAAGAAGAGGAUAAUCAUGUAAAUUGUACAAAUAAUCAUACUCUACAUGUGGAUAUCGUUCAAAUUCAUGUAAAUCCAAUAAGUGUAUUAUUACUUUUUCUUAUAAACAGCAACCUGUGAAUUAGCAGUAAAGUUCAAAAAACUUCGAUUAUGAUUGGUUGGUUAUGAAGUUAGGUUGAAGAAAAUUCCUUUACAGACGAUUAGCAAUAUUCUAGAAUAUUGUGGAAUAUGGAAGAGAAAGUAACUUGAUUUGACUGGCAUAGUUACACGAAUAAUAACCCAAAUGCUUUUGGAGAUCACGAACCAAUAUAAGUUGAACAGCUACUGGAAAUCUGAAAGCUGUGGAUAGUCGCUUCAUCUUACUAUGACACUCUGUAAACUAGGUCCUACCAAAAGUUAAGUAAAUUUAGCAAAAUAUUACGGUUUAAUUAAAACGUCGACUUAUGUUUAUUGUUUCUUUUAAGUAAAAGUAAUGGAUUUAAAUUAUAAAUCUCCAAUAAUGACACUGAUUUUUUGAUGAGACUAUAAUUUAUGGACAACCUUUGAGCGACGGUAGACUGACUUUGAGAGUGUCUACCUAAUAAAUAGAACCAAAUUAGAGUUAUAAACCUGUGUGAGGAAUUAUAAUUAUAAUUUACAGUUCACGAUGAUUGUUAGAAAUUUAGAUGUAGGGUAUUCAUCACGGACAAACAUCUAUUUAUCCAAAUCGAUGAGUGAAUUUCGCGCCAAAAUCCGAUACCUGUUAUCUUAUACGUGAUUGUUCCGUCCAUAAAUUAUAGUCUCGCCUAUUUGUCAAAUGACAUUAAAUCAUUAACUGUUAUAAGAUAAUUAAUUAACACUGAUUACCACCACCUCAGCAACACGAGAUCGUUGUUGCUACCUUGACGUGGUUAUCGGGCUUGCCUAUCGUGACGAACCAAUUGAGCUAUGCUGGCUGAAACAAUUGUUCCUCAAGGUCCUACCAUGCCAGACAGGUCGGCUGAAGAGCAGUAAGACUAAAAGCAACAAAUUCAAGGUCCGAUGGCGAAGUCGUACUUCUGACUUUACAGAGGUGUGAAGGCAAUAAAGUGUUUUUUUUCAGACAACUAACAUAACAGCGAUGUUGUCUUCCCACAAGGUGUGGGGUUAGAAAAGGUCGAUCCUAAAAAUGCACACCUCGACUUAUCCCAUAGAUAUCCGUCUCCGGCGGUAAGGUCUCAGCAAGUACGGAGGUAACACGAAAAUUACCCACAAAAAGGUCGUGUGUGACCGACCACAAGCAGUUGUCCCUUUGGCACUACAGUCACGCUCUCGGGUCUCUAAGAUCACCUUAAAUCCAAUUUCCUUUUCAAGUACCUCCAGAAGACCUCAAUAACAAUUAGUUAGCUAACGGUUAUAUUUCUAAAAACAACAAAUCUGAGUUAUUAAUAAAAUAACACUUAUGGUAUUUCAUGUUUUGCGUGAGUUGAUUAGACCAUUAAAAACAGUUAAUGACAAACAAAAAUACAAUACAAUCAGUAUUUCCAUCCAUUAUAAUGUAAACCAUAAUAAGAUUUGUAUUUACAAAUUAUAAAUCACGUAUACAAAACAGUUGAACUCAGCUGAAAUUAACACCUUCAAUCAAGAAUCAUUAGGGAUCACACUUUUCAUACUGUCAGUUCAAUCACUAAAUAUGAUAGAAAGUUUAUUCAUUUCGUCCAAAUUUAACAUGAUAAAUACCCUGACUAUUUAAGUAGUAAAUAAUUUUGUAGAAUAAAUUGGGUCUAUUAUAAAUGAACCCUAUACGUGUAAAUAGUAUGGAUACGGAUCAUUUAGUGAAUGAUGACACACAGUCAUUUGAGUGAUAAAUAAACAAAAAAGAAAACUAGUUAAGUAACAACCUAUUUUUAUCUCAAAUCCAACUUAUAUAUCUGAAAAAAAGAGAUUUUAGUUCACUUAGGAUUGAUAUGGUGAUCGAUUUAUUUACAUUUUCUCUUUUUUUCCUCCUUGUUGUCCAAGUUUUUAGUUGUUUUUUUAUUUAUUUCAAUAGUUGAGGUCAUGAUUCAACUGAAAUUAGACCACCAUAGAAAACCUGUCCUAUUGUGGGACUCCUCAGCAAUGUGUAUCCACAGUCCCCCCCGGAUUCCGACGCAGGACCUAUGGGUCGGCGCGCGCGAGCGCUUAACCACUUGACCACUGAGCUAGCAUCCAAUGGUGUUCAUAUAUAACCAUUGCCUUCAGUGAGUUACUAUCUGACAGCAGACCCUGUUGAACUCCACUGGUCACUACUUCUCAUUAAAACUCCCGGAUAUACCUCUUGAAGCCAGUCACUAGUGAGUAGAUAUUGAUUAGUAUCAGAAGAGGGUUUUGUGAAGAUUGUAGUAAUUUAAAUAGUUAAGAUAAUGAAUCAACUGAAGCUAGAUCACUAUUUAUUUCAUCUAUAACCUUUUAUAAAUGAGUUUUAUAAAGAGAAUUACUUCAUAUAAGACUUUAUAGCGUGAUUUUAUCUCAUUUAUUUAAUCCAUUCUAAUAAAAUUUCAUUUUAUCCAAUGAUUAUUUAUUUUUUUCCAUGGAAACAAACAUCAUUUGAAAUUGUUUAUCUAUUGUGUUUGUUUGUUUUAUUGGUGGUAAACAUUAAAUCCAUUUCACAUUUUGAAUACAUUUGCUUUCUGUAUAAAAUGAACAAAUUACCUAGUUAUUUAUUCUCUCAGUAGUAUAUAUACUCUUGAAAUGUUUAUAUUCAACCAAGUAUUCUAUGGUGAUUAAGUUAAUUACCAAUAAAUAUUCUCUUUUAGUGGCUCGAAAUCUAACUCCAAUAAUAUUAUACAAAUGAUUGUUAUUGAAGUAUACAUAUCAUCAAUCCUCCCUAUACUAUCAUCCGACUUAACUCGCGCUACUGAAUAAGUCAAAUACGAGAAUGGAUUUUUGAAUGCGUAUAUUUUGUACACUCAUUGAUCUAGACAGGAAAAUCAGAGGAACGAAACGAGGAGAAGAGAGUGAAGCAAAAUGAUGCGCAUGUGAGCCAAUUCCAUUUAAUCAAGCGUUAAUCAAUAUAGGUUACAGAUAUAUGGUGAAUAAGAUAAGAAGUGUACACACAUACGCUUACAUAAAAACAGUCAAGGUUGAUAAGUGAAUAAUGAACAAGAUCAAAAUGUGACUCAAGUAGAAUGAAUACAUUGGUCUUUCCGAAAGCUAAAAUAAGGUAUAUGGGCUUAACAUAAUAAUCAACACUACACUGAGAACUAAGGAGAACAAAGUCAAUCUCUUUUUAUUAUUAAUACUUGAAUUCAUGAGUUCAUUUAAGCUAGAUCACCAUUGAUAACCUGGAAGCACUGAACAGCUUUUUCGUCCUAGUAUGAGACCUCUUAGCAAUGCGCAUUCAUGGUUCCACAUGUGACACUUGGAUUUUGCGCGCGUAAAACGCUUAACCUCUGGACCUCUCAUUAUACAACUCAUAUAUAUUCCUAACAGUUAUUGAGAUCUAUCUAAAAAUCCGAGAUCGAGUACAGGAUCAUUCAAUUACCUCUUCAAAUAAAUAUAAAUACCACUCAUUUUUUUUACUCGCUACGUAGAUGAUUUCAGUUGAAAGUGAAAUAAUCUAAUAGAUUAUAUUGUUACCAUUCAUCGAACACUAGCUUAUGACAGAUUUCAGAGUUGAAACAUCCGUAGAUUUGAUGGUUGUGGUUUCGUAGAUGUUCUUCACUUCAGAGAAUUUUAAAAUGGAAAAGAUAAUGGAACAGCUUGCAGACCUCUAUAUUUACUUUUAUGAUAAGAAGUGAUACACAUAUUUAGUUAUUCUACUGAAUACUACGGCCAACGAGUAGAAGAAUAAUGGAUAUUCUUAUGUUUAAAUUAACCACUGUAUUAAAUGGAUUAAUUUAUUAAACUGAUUAUAAGCUUUCUCAAUAAAUUAUCCAGAAAAACGGUAUCUAAUUUACCUAUCUUUGGAUCAAAUAUUAUUUUUCAUCCGAUCGAAACGCAAUAAACAACGUACAAAAAAAAACAUGUACUUUAGUCUUUUAUAUUUAAAGCUGUUGACUAACAAUGACGCAUCAUCACUAUACAAGCAUUCAGUAAGUCAUGUAGAUUAAGCAAAGAUGGAUAGCGGCUAGCAGUGGAAUCCAGGAUGCGCGUUUCAUCCUAUUCGGGACUCAUAGUAUGCACAUAUGCUAAUAAGAGAGAGACUGAUUAAUUGCAGUACUAAACAUCAAUGAGAAGAUUCAAGUAAAGCAAUACCAAGUGAACUACUUAGAUUGUUUUAAAAGUUUGUUCAGUUAAGUAUUUAAAUGAUUCUAAUUCUCAUAGAAUUCUAACAAGUCAGACUUUUUAAACCGUUGAAUUCAUUCUUCAAUGUAAACUAGACCACCAUGGAAAACCUGAAAACACUGAAUAAUCUUUUCAUCCUAGUACUGGACUGUAGAGUAGUACACAUCCAUAAUCUUACACUUGAAACUCGAACCUAAAAUCUUUAGUCUCAUAUGUAAACAUUUAAUCUCUAAACCAUUAUUAAAACCAAUAAUCUAGUUUAGAUUGACUCAUGAAUUCAUUUGUUAAAAUUAUUAUCAUCUCCACAAAUUCUCAUUCUAAUAAAUUAAACUUUAUAUAUUCACAAGGAUUGGUAUAGAUGUUGUAACGUGUGUGACUGCAGGUUUUUGAUAGGCAGCGUUUUAUUGAUCGAUUACAGUGGACAGUGACACGUAAACACGUAAGGACGACCUAGUGCCCUGAUUGGUUCCGCCUCCCUGUCUAGCCCAGCCAAUUGAGUCAAGAACGCAAGCCACAGCCUCUGAGAUAUGAAUCAUUAUAUUUCAAACAUACUUUGUUUAUAUACCAAUCAAGCAUACCACAUCGUACCAUAAAAAUAGAAAACAACAUUUUGUACAAUAUUCAACGAGUGAACAGAUAUCGACCAAUAGGAAAUGUCCAUUUAAAGUCCAAGGACACCAUUGGACUUAACAUGAUAAUUAUUGGUCUAUUUUUUCGACUACCUAACAAUAGAUUAUCGCACAAAGUAUAACAUAAAACAGUUUAGAAGUCGACUGAACCUUUCUAUAUUGUUCCUGUAGAUUUUACAUUCCAUUAUAUGAUCAACUAUAAAGUUUUGUCGUGUAUUAUCUUCAGUUCAAUCGUAUAUAAUUUUAUUGAUUUAUUUAUUAUAUUCAAUGAAUUAUUUAAUGUUUCAUUACUUAUUUUAGCCUCCAGAAUUAAAAGUGAAUAAUAAUGAAUUAGUGGAAGCAUCAAAUGACAACAAUAAAGAGUAUAGUGUAUAAUGAAGAAUUGAAUAAUUGAAUAUAUAUAUGACUUCAUAAAUAUUCAUUGAUGUAUUUGUAAACAGUUUGUCAAUUGGAUUGGUCUGUGUUAACUUUGUGUUUUGUUUUGUUUUGGUUAUUCUAUUCUUUUUAAAAGGAUAAUACUGUUGUGUUUUUGUUUUCUGUUUUAUUAUUAUUAUUAUUAUUAUU